AUGCUGAAUGUGGCGUUCCUCAGUUUGUCUGUGUGGUUUCUGUUGGGAAUGCCCGUUGGGAAUGCAGACAACCCCCACGGAUGUCAGGUAUGGAGUCCAGCGGAGGUUACUUGCGUUGAUACGUUCCAGCUCACUGUUGUACCGCCAGACCUGCCUGAGUCCAUUCUACGAUUGGAUCUACAGGGCAACCGGAUAAAGGAACUCUACAGGCAACCUUUCAAUACUCUUAAGCACUUGGAGUACUUGGAUUUGACUUGGACCCGUUUUGAGUAUGUAGAAAACGGAACAUUUGCCGGUAUGACAAAUUUGCGGACUCUGAACUUAUCAAGAAAUGACCUUGGAGACUCCCAGUGGUCCAACAUAACCUCGUCUCUUCCCUCCCUACGAACCCUCAUCCUUUCGAACAACCGUCUGCAGCACUUAAGCAGGUGGUCGUUCAAGGGCCUACACAACUUGACCUUCUUGGACCUUAGCUCCAAUGCCAUCAUUGUUGGAGAGUGUGCGUUUUGUGGACAACAAAGACUGAAAAGGCUCGACAUGACCAGUAACGAGAUAAGUACCCUCCCCAACCGACUCUUCCACCCUCAAUCAGAACUAGAGUUAUUGGACCUGUCAAACAAUAGGCUUACUGAUGAUGUGUUAGAAAAGGAGGAACUGUGGUUAGGACUAUCGAGACUACGAACACUACUUGUAAGGCGAAACUACCUCUCCAUUCCAAAAUUUGCACAGUCCUUUAGAAAUCUGACAUCCCUGAACACCAUCACCAUGUCCGACUUGGGAUGGAAUAAUAUCAGUAUCAUUGAUGAGUAUGCAUUUACAGGCCUGGAGAGCCUAGACAAGCUUCGAAUUGCCACUAUCACGAGUAGGAUGUUUGAAGGCCUUGAAAAUGUGACAGUGUUAGAUCUUAGUUUGAACGACGUUCUGGAAAUUGAACCGUAUGGUUUUUACGAUAACGAAUUUCAGCCUAACCUGCCACUAGCCUGUGCACUAUCUUCAUCAGCAAUUGUGUUCUACAUGUUUGCAGUGUUCCUUAUCAGCUAUUACCAUUGGAAGAUUAAGUACCUAAUGUUUUUGCUAAGGCGUAGAAAUGAGGACGACGAUGAACCAAUGAGAGGCCGUAGGUUUGUGUACGAUGCCUUCGUAGCACAUAACAGCGAGGACAUUAGGUGGGUGGUGCACGAACUCUGCCACAACUUAGAAGAUGUCCAAGACCAACCCAGAUACAAACUCUGUAUCCACCAGAGAAACUUCCUACCCGGUGCCCCCAUUGUAAACAACAUCGUCAAAGCAAUCGAAACCAGCCGGAAAACCAUCUGCGUGUUGACCAGGAGCUUCCUGCGGAGCGGCUGGUGUGAGUUCGAGCUGCAGCUGGCUCAGACUCCGGACAACUUGUUUGGCAAGGGCGGCAGUUGUCGGCUGAUCCUCGUCUUCUUGGAGAAGAUUCCGCGCCCGCUGCUGAAGAAGUACAAACACUUGGAGGCCGUGAUGGACCGGGACACGUACCUGGAGUGGCCGGGGGACGCACGGGGCAGGCCGCUGUUCUGGAGACGUCUGCGAGCCGCCUUGGGGAAACCCGUGAACGACGGACAGGCUGGAGACGGUGGAAUGAUAGACGAUGAUGGACACGAACUUGUACCACUGAACAGGAUGUAACGUAUCCCCACGAUUGUGAUCAUGAAAUGAAGCAUUAUGCACACAUAGGAAUUUUUCUAAGCUUUCUUAGUCGUUCAGA